AUGAAGAGAGGCGAGUGCUUUCUCGUCCAUGGUUUCCCCUACUUACUCCUACUCGUCGUAUCUGGCUGCCUUCCUCAUGUCAGCUCCCUUAGCUUCAAUUACAACUUCUCUGCUCCCACCGGUUUCGCCAGCACCGAUCUCAGGUACAUGAACGACUCUGCCCCCGUUCUCGACCGGAUCGACCUGACGAACCAAUCGAGGAGGUGGAGCACCGGCCGUGUAGCCCACAACCAGCUGUUGCGUAUAUGGGACCACAGAACCAGCAAGGUCGCCAGCUUCACCAGCAACUUCACCUUCGCCAUCAAGCCCGCCAGCAGCAACCCCCGGGCAAGUACAAAACCUUUUCUUGUGCUACAGAGAGGUGAUGGCAUGGCGUUCUUCGUGGGGCCUUACAUGCCGUACUACAUGCCCAUGGAGGUGCCCGCCGGCUACCUCGGGCUAUUCAACAACCGCGACAACCCCGGAAACAACUACUUCCCGCCCACCGUCGGUGUGGAAUUUGACACGUUCAGGAACGUUGACUGGGACCCCGCUGAAACCAACUGCCACAUCGGCGUCAACGUCAAUAGCAUCAGGUCGACUAACUACACGGCGGUACCGGAAGGGAUCUUCGGGAUCAUGUCGGCGGAGGUCAGGUACGACGCUAAAGCGGCCACGCUCUCGGCCACCCUGCGGUUACUCGACCCGCCGGGGCAGGGUACAUACACGGUCAGCGCGAACGUCGACCUGCAGGGCGCCGGUCUGCCGGAGAUGGUGGAGGUUGGGUUAUCGGCGUCCAUCGGGGACUACAUCGAGCAGCAUCAUAUUCUUUCUUGGUCCUUCCAGACCAUUAUGAUCGAUGAAGUGAACGAUUUGAAGACAAAAAACACUGGACUAAUUGCAGGACUAGUUUCCGCGGGUAUGUUCGUACUAUUUGCCAUAGCCACAUGGCUCGGCUACCGCCAGUAUCGGCAAAGGAAGAGUAUAUCAUCUAAAGAUGUAGACAUCCCUCUCGAAGACAUGGACACCGAGUUUCAAAGAGGGGCAGGGCCUCGGAGAUUCAGGUAUAGCGAGUUGUCGCGGGCGACACGAAGAUUCUCUGACGAGGAGAAGCUCGGCGAGGGCGGGUUCGGGGCAGUCUAUCGAGGGUUGUUGCGUGACGAGGGGCUCCAGGUGGCUAUCAAGAGAGUCUCCAAGACGUCGAGUCAGGGGAGGAGGGAGUACAUCGCAGAAGUGACCAUCAUCGGCCGACUGAGGCAUCGCAACCUUGUCCAGCUCGUCGGGUGGUGCCAUAAAGCCGACGAGCUCAUCCUUGUCUACGAGCUCAUGACGAAUGAUAGUCUUGAUGUCCAUCUGUACAAUUCAGAGAAAAUUCUAACGUGGGCAAUCAGGCACAAGAUCAUUCUUGGCAUUGGGUCUGCACUGAUGUACCUGCACCAAGAGUGGGAGCAGUGUGUGGUGCACCGGGACAUCAAGCCCAGCAAUGUGAUGCUCGACUCGUUGUUCAAUGCCAAGCUGGGGGACUUCGGCCUCGCGCGACUCGUCGACCAUAGCCGGGACGCACACACGACAGCGGUGAUUGCUGGCACCAGGGGCUACAUGGACCCUAUGUAUGCGGUGAGCAGCAGGGCUAGCACCGAGACCGAUGUAUACAGCUUCGGGGUCGUCCUCCUCGAGGUAGCCUGCGGCAGGAGGCCCGUCGUCCAGCAGGAGGACGAGAGCAGGGUCCUGAUUGUCGAUUGGGUCUGGGAGCUGUACGGGACGGGCAAGCUCCUGGAUGCUGCAGAUGCGAGACUUGACGGUGAGUUCGACGCGUGUGAGGCGCCGCUUCCGAACCUCCCGCUGGAGAUGCCAGUGGCUAUAUAUGUGGCCCCGGGUGGAGGGUAUGGGUCAAGCUACACGUCCCUGAAUGGAAGCUACAACACCAGCGGACAGUCGUCGGCAAGUGACCGGACAGUGAAGAGCCAUUCUUUUGCCGCUGCCGGCACGAGGAGCGAGAGCGACGUCACCAAGCUGAUGAAUCAGGCCACCGGCACGACCGAGCAUGUUCAGUUUACGAACUACACUUCCUAG